UGUCACCGUAAGACAAUACUCAGUGCCAUUGUUUAUGGCCUUACAAAAAAAUAGAAGAAACAAAAGGGGUAAAUACGCGACAGUAUGCCGAGCAGUGCAUAAAAAAACAGGAACGUCAUACGCAGCCAAAUUUGUGAAGAAGAGACGCCGGAAUGUAGACCAGAUGAAGGAGAUCAUUCACGAAAUAGCCGUUUUGAUGCAGUGCAAAUCGACGAACAGAGUUAUUAGGCUACACGAAGUUUACGAGUCUGUCUCUGAGAUGGUGCUCGUCUUAGAGUUAGCUGCCGGCGGUGAACUUCAGCACAUUUUGGAUGGGGGGCAGUGUUUAGGAGAGGUGGAAGCUCGUAAGGCCAUGAAACAAAUCCUUGAAGGUGUGGCUUACUUGCAUGAUAGAAAUAUUGCUCAUUUGGACCUGAAGCCUCAAAACUUACUGCUUUCCGUGCAAGACUGCUGUGAUGACAUCAAACUCUGUGAUUUCGGCAUAUCAAAAGUACUCCUCCCAGGGGUUUCAGUACGAGAAAUUUUAGGUACUGUAGACUAUGUAGCUCCAGAAGUUCUAAGCUACGAACCAAUAGGCCUUUCCACUGAUAUAUGGUCAAUAGGAGUGCUAGGGUAUGUUUUACUGUCGGGAUUUAGUCCAUUUGGAGCGGACGACAAGCAACAAACUUUCCUGAACAUAUCGAAAUGUUCCUUAUCUUUCGAACCUGAACACUUCGAAGAUGUUUCGAGUGCUGCGAUAGAUUUUAUCAAGAGCGCCCUUGUUAUUGAUCCAAGGAAUCGACCCACAAUACGUGAGAUGCUAGACCAUCCCUGGAUCUCUCUGAAGAGCAACCUUCUACCCGCAUUAACCUCAAAGCCUUCCGAACACCAAACCUCAAACAACCUCACGCCGAAAUCGACUCCCAUCAGUCAAAGAAAAAGCUUCUCCUGCAUCACUGACACUCCCAAAUCGGCCCAGCGGAAGACAUUCUGCGCAGACACUUUGAAUGGCAGUUUCACAGAUACCACACUUCGUACGUACACCGUUUCUAAUAACUGUCUAUGUUCUCAGUGUGGUACAACAUGUCGCCACAUCACACACACGCCGGUGUCUAAAACGACGAUCACUAUCGAUCGGGGCAUUUUGUGUUAGCUGGGGGUUGUUUGGCUGCUCUGUGUACGCUCCGUGAAUGAAUAACAAGAUUCAGCACUUUUUUAUCAGGACUCGACCGUAAAUUAACCGGUUUCCAAGUGGGGAGUAUUCAACUGUAUAUCAGUAGUCAUUUUGUGUUAUGUAACACUGAUGUUUUUUUCACAUAUUGGUGGCAUCUCGGAGUUACGGGUAUGUUAUAUCCAUGUUACGUGGAUAUGAUUUCCAUGUUACAUUGAUAUUAUAUCAACGUCACAUGAAUGUUAUGUAAACGUUACGUGAAUUUAACAUUGUUGUUACAUUUAGUUUGUGAUUUCUAUUGAAAAGAAAUACUUUUGUAAGAUUUUGUCUUUUAUAUGAGAUGGGUUCCUGGAAACUUUUUUAAGAAGACGAGGACUGGCGGCGGAAUUCUUAAUAAGUAGUAGCACUUAAUUAUCCUGUUAUCAUACUCAUAAAUAAUGGUGUGAAAAGAUACAGAAAUUUGCAUAGAUGGAAAUUCAGUUUUUGGUGUAAAAUGUAUUGAGAAUAAGUAACGAUAGGAUAUUUUUCGGCAUUGUAUUCAUCUUAACGCUUUCUGUACUUUUUCAUUUACAUAUAGCCUAUUUUGUUUAAUAGUAUUGUUUCCAAUAUUGGUAUGGUUACAUAAAUGUGAUACAGUUGAAUUUUCCCCAUUGAUCUGAAGCUGGAUUAUUCAUUUGGCAGCCCCCAAAAUUCCAUCAUUUUUUUUUUAGUUACAGAACUUUUCAUUUGUGCUAUUGUUGGGAUGUACAGUGCUACUUGUAUUUAAGUAUCAUUAAUUUAUAUUAUUUUGUUGCCUUAAUUUACUUCAGUUGGUGUGUACCUAAAUAAAGUUAUUUGUUAAUUUCAAGCUUUAUUUGGUUUUAUUUCGAGGUAUAUUAGUAGCAUUGUUUUAUGAUUUUGUUACUUGAAGGUAUUAAUUUAUAUGUUGUCGAUGGUAUUUUAGAAUACUUGUAUUCUUUAUCAUAUCAUAUUUGGAAAUUUGAAGGUAUUGAAACCCCUUUAUUCGAAGAUUUAGAGAGGAGAAUGCUUUUAAGUAUAAUGAACUGUAUUCAAAACUGCCGGAUUUGGAUAUUUCAAAAUUUCCAACGUCGUGAGAGUUCCUUUAAGUAUUUUUUAUAGACAUUGGCGAGUUUCAAUAUUGAAUGAAAUAAUACUAUAGUAGAAUGUAAUUAGUCAUCUCAAAAUAUUGCGACGUUAAUUCAACGAAAUCUUAGGAUAUAAUAAUAUAAGUUCGAUAAUAUUGUAUUUAUUUUAAUUUAGUCUAACGAUACCUUGUGAAUUAGGAUGAAAAUUUUUUGUGAAUAAAGAAUAAUUUUGAUAAAAAACGAA